GGAUUCCUUAGGGGAAAACGCACAAAUCACUCCCAUUUUAACAGGGGGGAAAACACGGGAUCCUCAUCCACAAGGGUCCACCUUUCUUUCUAGCAUCCCGUUUCUCAUUCAUUUCCUUUAAGGAGAGAAAGAUCUCUGGUAAAAAAAAAAAAGAUUAAAAAAAACUUGUCACUGGAUGAUGAUGACACUUGAUCUAGCAGUCUGAAAGCUGUAGUUGAUCCUAUUGUUUCUUAAACUGACAUCAGAUCUGUUUAUUAAGGCUUUUUUUAAUACAGAAGGGACAGCAGCCAACCCUCAAGUAUUGUUUUUUUUCUGAUUUGCAGUCAUUUCUUUUUUUUUCCUGGUGAUUUUGCCGAUCUACAAACCUGGAUUCUGACAGCGUGGUCCCCCUCUCCUGAUAUCUUUUCUUAUAUACACGUUACAUAAUCCACUGGUGAUUUGAAGGAAACAAGGUCGGGAAAAGAAAAGGUUGUUUUCAUGUUUGGGAUUCAGGAAAACAUUCAAAGGAGUGGGAGCAGCAUGAAAGAAGAACCCAUCGGGACGGGGAUGAAUGCAGUCCGAACAUGGAUGCAGGGAGCUGGGGUACUGGAUGCAAAUACAGCCGCUCAAAGUGGAGUGGGUCUAGCCCGGGCUCACUUCGAGAAACAGCCGCCUUCCAACCUGAGGAAAUCCAACUUUUUCCACUUCGUGUUGGCCCUAUACGACAGACAAGGACAGCCAGUGGAGAUUGAAAGGACUACUUUCUUGGGAUUUAUAGAAAAGGAAAAAGAAUCUAGUGGUGAAAAAACUAAUAAUGGAAUACAUUACAGACUACAGCUCCUCUACAGCAAUGGUAUUAGAACAGAGCAGGACUUCUACGUGAGGCUGAUUGAUUCCAUGACCAAACAGGCUAUUAUUUAUGAAGGACAAGACAAAAAUCCUGAAAUGUGCCGUGUUUUACUCACACACGAAAUAAUGUGCAGCCGCUGCUGCGACAAGAAGAGCUGUGGCAACCGGAACGAGACGCCCUCGGACCCUGUGAUAAUUGACAGGUUCUUCUUGAAGUUCUUUUUGAAAUGCAACCAGAAUUGCCUAAAGAAUGCUGGGAAUCCUCGGGACAUGCGCAGGUUCCAGGUUGUUGUUUCCACAACAGUAAAUGUGGACGGCCAUGUCCUUGCGGUCUCAGACAACAUGUUUGUGCACAACAACUCAAAGCACGGGCGGAGGGCUCGGAGGCUCGAUCCCUCUGAAGGUACGCCCUCUUAUCUGGAACAUGCCACGCCAUGCAUCAAAGCCAUCAGCCCCAGCGAGGGAUGGACUACAGGAGGGGCUACAGUCAUCAUAAUUGGAGAUAAUUUCUUUGACGGCUUGCAAGUCAUAUUCGGUACCAUGCUGGUCUGGAGUGAGCUCAUCACUCCCCAUGCAAUUCGAGUGCAAACCCCACCGAGGCACAUCCCCGGGGUGGUGGAAGUCACACUGUCCUACAAGUCCAAGCAGUUCUGCAAGGGGACCCCCGGGAGGUUCAUCUACACAGCUUUGAAUGAACCAACCAUUGACUACGGCUUCCAGAGGUUACAAAAGGUCAUCCCUAGACAUCCGGGCGACCCUGAGCGUUUACCAAAGGAGGUUAUACUGAAACGAGCUGCAGAUUUAGUCGAAGCUCUGUAUGGCAUGCCACAUAACAACCAGGAAAUCAUCCUGAAGCGGGCAGCAGACAUUGCAGAAGCCCUCUACAAUGUCCCUCGGAACCACAACCAGCUCCCAGCGCUCAGCAACACGUCUGUGCACGCGGGAAUGAUGGGAGUGAAUUCCUUCAGCGGCCAGCUAGCCGUCAACGUGUCAGAGUCUACCAACCAGGGUUUCACUCGGAACACGAGCAGUGUGUCGCCUCAUGGGUAUGUGCCAAGCCCCACACCUCAGCAGACGAACUAUAACUCGGUGACAACAAGUAUGAAUGGAUACGGCAACACUGGGAUGUCAAACCUGGGAGGAUCGCCAAGCUUUCUCAAUGGAUCAGCUGCCAACUCACCCUAUGCCAUUGUGCCAUCCAGUCCUACCAUGGCCUCCUCAACCAGCCUGCCCUCCAACUGCAGUAGCUCCUCCGGGAUCUUCUCAUUCUCACCCGCCAACAUGGUGUCUGCCGUGAAACAGAAGAGCGCCUUCGCCCCAGUGGUGAGACCGCAGACCUCGCCGCCACCCACGUGCAGCAGUGCCAACGGCAACAGCCUGCAAGAUCAGUCUUUUGUGGACUCUAGCAAGUACUCCACUGCAGGCUCACUUCAGGGCCUGGCCUUCUCCUGAACUAUACCUGGAAUGAUUGUUCCUCCAAUGUAGAAGAUGAAGCAACGAAGGGGAUAGAAAACAACUUUGAAGACGAUUACUUUUUUUAUCUCCAGUAGGAGGUUGACCACAGGUCCCAGCAAGGAGCAGAACUUAUAACUCAGGCCUUUUUAAAAAGGAAUCACAUUUAAAAAAAAAAAAAAAAAAUGAAAAAAAAAAGAUUACUGCAGCUUUUAAAUCGCUAAAACUUGUGAACACCGCUGUGGCACGGAACAGGCAAAGUGUUGUUUGAAUAUUGUAAGAAAUAUUUAUUCUUUUGUUGUGGAAAAUAUCUGCUUUUCCAAUUUGUUUUUCAUUUCAGCGAACAAUCAUAUGCCUUUUAUGAAUUGUAAUAUACACAAGGGACACUAUAUCAGAGUUUUGUGUUUUUAUUUAUAAUGUUUAUAAAACUGCGUGUGUGAAGAAGGCAACUGAUUAGUUACGAUAGACGGAAAGGGUAGCGAAAGAAUUAGCAUAGGGUAGAAAACUUAGGUCCUCGAAAUAAUUUUUUUUUAUUGAAAAGUAAGGGUCAGCUGUGACAAUUUUCCCAGCCAGAGGUGACUGGUAAACGUUGUUAAAUAAAUACCAUGUUUACCAUUUGCAUUAACAUGUUUGAAAAUAUCACCUUAAAAGGGAUAUAUUUGUGUCUAUUGAUAGCUCUCCAGUAGUUUUAAGACAGAAUCUAGCAUAAAUGGAAAACUCAUUUUAAAGAAUAUUUUCCUUUGAGAAAACAUUUGCUGCUAUGCAAUGCAAGAAUAUCAGUCAUGCAUUGAGCUGGUGGUUGCAACAUUUGUUUUUUCCUCCAAUAAUAGAAAGGUAUCAUUUUAUAUUUUUUAAUGGAAAAUUCAAUUGUUUUGAGUAGCGGUUGCUUACUUUUCUGUCUCAGUGGCUGACAGCUUGGGUUGGCCCCUACUUUAGAGCAGUUUCUACCAUAUAUAUUAAAGGAUGAAUGAAAACGCAAAACGGAAAAUCUGCAAGAGUUUAUCGAUGCAUUUUUCUUUUAAAUAAAAAGGGACGAUCACAGCACUUCUGAAUGGACAGAGGCAUAAGAUCGACUUUGGAAUUUUUUGCCAGCACUGCAUUGAAAUGCUCUUAAAAAGGUAUUUGUCAAGAUCCAACCAAUAUAGGACAAUGCAUAUAUUUAUACAUUGAAAUGUCUUAAGGCAGCUUUUCAGUACAGUAUCACACAUGUUUCUAUUGCAUAUGUCUGCAGAAAGAGCUUACAACCUUUAGCUUACACCUGCAAAUAUUAAAGUAAAAGAAAUAGAAAUUGGUUUGGAAAAAAGUGUGUAAAAUAUCCAUAUAAAUAAUGUAUUUAUCUUUGGAGUUUGUACAUUGCUUUUCCCCCUAGUUUUAUUUUAUUGUGUACGUUUGCUAUGUGAAAAAGUGCCCGACUCGUUUUGUCAUCCACAGUUGAUCUUUCUGUUUUAAAUGUGAUUUGAAUAUGUUUUAUUUGUAUUUAGUUUUCUAGUAUUGUUUAAAACCAUGCUUCCAUUUUUUUAUUAUUUCCAUCAAAAAAGCCAUUGUCUAUUUUUGUAUUAUUUGUAAGUUAAUGGAAAAUGUUUUUUUUUUUUAAUGUAUGGCAAAAAGUAGCAACUUAUUCCGAUAGUAUUUAGUUAUGUAGAGUUUUUAAAAUAUAUAUAUAUAUAUAUAUCUAUCUUUCGUUUUGCUUUUGAGGCUUAAAGAAAUUGAUGCUGUUUUAAAUGAAUAAUAUGCAUGAGAUAUCUUCCUGUUGGGGUGAAGGUUGCAUUAUGUGCAUUGAAAAUGGGAAGACAAUUGUGGAACAAAUAUAUGAAAAUACUUUCUUUCUUAAUGCCUGCUUGUAUAUUUCCUCUUUUUUUCUCUUUCACUGAAUUCUGAACCAGCAGAUUGGAUGCCUUAACAAUGCAAAUCAUACUCAUUAGAUCACCUGCACAUUGUAAUCUGCACCAGAACUGUCCGUCAUCACAGCAUAUUGUUAAAAAAAAACCUAGAAAUUGUUUAAAAAGCACAAAAUGAACUGUUCUGUUACCUUGAGAAUACCUGUUUUGUUUUGUUUUUUCCGAAUGAUGAUUCGAGCUGAUGCACAAUAAUGCUGCAACUGUGCAUGCUCCCAGUUUUGAUUCUAGUUCUGUGAUUCUCCACUUGGGGUAUCAAGGCGAGAGGAAUG